AUGGCUUCCUACGCGGCUUUCCUCCUCCUCGUCGCUGCUUUGUUUGUGUGCUGCUGCCACGCGCAAGGCGGCGACGACGGCGCCGUGGCGGCGAUCUACAGCCUCGGCGACUCCAUCACGGACACGGGGAACCUGGCCAAGGAGGCGCCGCCCGGCGCGUUCGAGACCAUCAAGCACCUCCCCUACGGCGUCACCUUCGGCCGCCCCACCGGCCGAUGCUCCGACGGCCUCCUCAUGAUCGACUUCCUCGCUCAGGACAUGGGCCACCCGUUCCUCAACCCUUACCUGGCCAAGAACAUGAGCUUCGACCACGGCGUGAACUUCGCCGUCGCCGGAGCCACCGCCAUGGACCCUGCCGACCUGUUCAACCGCACCCUCUCCAUGCCCUUCACCUCCAACUCCCUCAAGCUACAGCUCCGACUGUUUUCGCAGUCAGGCAUACUAAUUCUCUAUGUAAAAUUUCUGUGUGCAGAAAUUCGCAAGAGGCUCCAAUCUUCUCUGGUUUUGGUCGGGGAGAUCGGAGGAAACGACUACAACUUCGCCUUCUACGCAAACAAGUCUGUCAGUGAGGUGGAGAAAAUGAUCCCAGCUGUGGUUCAGACCAUCAUCAACGCCACCAAGGAAGUGCUUGACAUGGGCGCGAGCAGAGUCAUCGUCCCGGGCAACUUCCCCAUCGGCUGCCUCCCGAGCUACCUCACUGCCAUGGCUGCGCCAGAGCCGUCGGCAUACGACUCCACGGCCUGCCUCAAAGACCUCAACCUCUUCGCCGCCAAGCACAACGCGCAGCUCCAGCGGGCCGUCGCCGGUCUCCAGGCGUCAUACCCGGACGCGGCCAUCGCCUACGCCGACUACUUCAACUCCUUCCUCAGCCUCCUCAAGGGCGCCCCGGCGCUCGGCUUCGACGAGAAUAGCACGCACAAGGCCUGCUGCGGCGCCGGCGGCAGGUACAACUAUGACUUGAGGCUGAUGUGCGGCGUGGAGGGGACGGCGGUGUGUGCGGACCCGUCGGCGUACGUGAGCUGGGAUGGCAUCCACAUGACCCAGGCGGCGUACAAGGCCAUGUCCAGGCUCAUCUACCACGGGAGGUACCUGCAGCCACAGAUACUCAGAUUCCCGGAGGAGAAAAAUGGACAGACAUGA